AAAUUACUUGUGCCAUAGUCAUGUUUCAUUUACCUUCUUUUUUGAAAUGUGCUUAUGAGGAUUGAUUCCAAAGGAUUUUAUUUAUAGUUAUUACGACCAAAAAAAAUGUUUUUUGCCCGUUCUAAGAAGUAUAGAUUGACACAAUCUCAUGAAGUGGUGUCCUGUCCCCUGGACAAGUUCAGCCGCUAUGCCAUUCAUGACAACUCCCUAAAUGAGAGUAUGCCAAACCUGACUCAUGAUUCCGAAUUCUCCGAUUCUGUUUCCAAAAGAAGACCUAUGUUUCGCAGGUUUUUACAUUCUUCAUAUGAGAAGCUGUCAGACCGGAGGGGAAGUGAGCCGUUGGUGUCCUCGUCUUUAGAUCUCCGCGGGGAAGCCAUGGACGCUAACUCCACCCCCUCCAAAAUAGCGAAUUUCUUCAUAAAGAAGGGCUUCAGCCGGUCAAGCAAUCUGAAGAGAACAAAGAGUGUGACCAAACUGGACAACCGUAAGCGGUCAGCCUCCCAUGUGCUGGAUGGCCAGGAAUCCAACACCUUCGUCAAUUCAUUGAAGAGAACCAUGAGUCUGGGCCGUUUGAAUCGCAAACGAAAUCGAGAUAUUAAUGUUGACAGCCAAAGUGAUCUUUCUGAACAGAAAAAUCGUGUGAACAUCAUUAAUUCUCGGAUCCGUUCCUCGAGAUCCCAUGAAUCCUUGCUGACCAGCUCAGUGACAAUGCACUCCAUUGACCUACAAGGUCAGGACAUCAACAUAAAGCCAUUACAUAGCAGCGUCCUGGGGAAGGAACACUGUUUCCAGGUGGCCACCAGCAAUGGCAGCAAAUAUAUUUCCUGUCGGACAUCCGAGGAGAGACAGAAAUGGCUAGGAAGUUUACGAAAAACCGUUCAACCUAAUCAGGAUAAUAUGAGGAGAACGGACAAUUCCUUAAAACUCUGGAUAAAAGAGGCCAAAAAUGUACCAUGUAAGAAAAGGUAUUACUGUGAGAUAUGUAUGGACCACACUCUAUAUGCACGCACAUACAGCAAAACAAAGUCAGACAUGCUGUUCUGGGGGGAACAAUUCGAAUUCAACAAUUUGAACCCCGUGGAGAUCGUGACUGUGAACCUCUACAGAGAGGCAGACAUUAAAAAGAAGAAAAAGGACAAAAACACGAAAAUAGGAUAUAUAAAUAUACCUGUUGCUGAAAUUCAUGGACGACAGUUUGUGGAAAAGUGGUUCACAGCAAGCUCAGGGACUGUUGGGAAAACGGGAAAAGAGAGCAAGAGUGAACUCCCCUUGAUCCGAUUGCGAUUGAGAUACCAAACUGUGCACAUACUCCCUAAAGAUCUGUAUCAAGAUUUCACACAGUAUUUAACAACAGACUUCUACACUUUGUGUGAGGUCAUGGAGAAUCUCGUUGGAGUUCGUGACAAGGAGGACAUUGCCUCCACCUUAGUCCACAUCAUGCAGAAGCUUGACAAAGCAAAAGAGUUCCUCACUGAAGUUAUCAUUGGAGAGGUGCUUAAACAAGAUAAUCAGCAUUUAACAUUUAGAGGAAACAGCAUUGGAACAAAGGCCAUGGAGGCUUACAUGAAACUAGUGGGAGAAAAGUACAUGAAGGAUACCCUGAGUGACUUUGUUCAUACUAUCAUCCACUCAGAAGACGACUGUGAAGUAGAUCCAGGCAAGCUCGCCAACCCAGCCAGCAUUACAACUCACCAACAACUUUUGGACAUGUACUGUAAUAUGGUGUGGACCAAAAUCAUCAGCUCCCCUUGUUACUUCCCAAGUGAAUUGCGUGAGGUGUUCUCCAGCUUUAGAUCAAGCUGCAACAGUAAUGGGAAGACAGAAGUGUCCGAUACUCUAAUCUGUGGCUCCAUCUUCCUAAGAUUUCUCUGUCCUGCCAUUUUAUCACCUAGUCUCUUUAAUCUUACUCAAGAGUAUCCGCCCGAGAAGGCUGCCAGAAAUCUGACCCUCAUUGCCAAAACCAUCCAAACUCUCGCCAACUCCACCAAAUUUGGUGGGAAGGAGGAAUAUAUGGAAUUUAUGAAUGAUUUCAUAGAGAAGCAUGAUGGAAGUAUGAAAGAAUUCCUGGAUCAAAUUUCUAGUGCUAACAAUGGUAACCAUCUUCUGGAUUACGAUGGCUACAUUGACCUUGGGAAAGAGCUCUCUUUACUACACAUCCUUCUCACUGAAAACCUAGAGAAGGCUAAUCAGGAUACUCUGAUGAAAUUGGGUAAAUUACCCAGCAUUCUCAGUAGCAUUACUUCGGCCAUUGAAGAUCCAGAUGUGGGGAAAAGUGUACAAGUGCCAAAUAAGAGGAAAUCUCAAAUUUAUGACAAUGUCAGUGGCAGUAUUCAGCCUGGGACUUCUCCCACUGAACUUCUGCGGAACAUGUUACGGCAGUGCGGCGAGGAAGACGACAUCCCAGUACUUGGUGCUCGGCAUUCACGACAAGGCAGUCAUUUCAGUAGUGGACAGAGCACAGUUGUUGAUUAUAAUGAUAACGAUGAUGAGUAUGUGAUAAUUAAACGUGUUCUCACAGACAAUGUGUCUAAUGUGUCAGCAAACUCACAAAAUGUCACAAGUGAACACUGUGUGAACCAGAAGUGGAACGACAUUGUGAACGCUGCCGAUAGCAGCCAUGGUGAUUAUAUUGACCUCAUGUCACUCAUGGACGAUGAUUAUCAGAACUCUUCAAUGGAACUGGAGCAUAACAUAAACGGAAGUCAAAUGUCUAUCAGUCAGGUGUCUACUGUGACAUCAGGAUACCAGUCCUAUGGUUACAGCCAAUCAAGUUCCCCUGUAGACUCAUCCAAUCAUGUGGAAGGAAAUGCGAGACCUUCUCAAUCCAACAGUCUCCAACCUCUGUCUUUCUCUAAUCCUAUGUACAGAUAUAAACAUAUGAACUCCUCCUGCAGUAAUUCUAGUCAGUGUGUCACCCCUUCCCCUGGGACCCAGGGGUCAGCAAGUUCUGGGUCCCUAAGCAGCGAGGAGGAGUCUAGUGUAAUCAGGAACAAAAAUCCCGCCCCCUGCCGCCCAGACUUGAGUGAUAAUCCCAGUGAUCCAUUAAGAAAUCUCGCCCCGAAACUUUCCAGCUCGAGUAGCUCGGAAUCUCUCAAUGAGCUGGAAAGACACAGAAUGUACUCAAAUACAAGAGACUCCUCACAUAGAAAGGAGGCUGUUAACCUCCAUAGUUCAUGUCCCUCUAAUGUGUAUGAUGACUUUCACAACAGCAAUUAUGAAAAUACCCAAGGAUACUCAUUAAGCCGUGCCCCUACUCGCCCCAGUGAACUUUCUCAUACAGGAAGCAUGGACUUCUCUCAGCUGCGUCACUAUAAUCGCUAUGGCGAUGGUUUGCGGAGAACUGCUACUGAUUCUGUCAUUGCUAAGUCUUGUAGUGCAAAUCAGAGUGACAGUGGUGCAACAAUACGAGGUCAAGGGUCAACAGAGGAUAGUCCCUCACAUCGUCGUCUUUCUCCACAGAAUGCUGUUCACAUGGGAAUCCGAUCAGUACAGAGGAAAAUAAACGAACAAGAAAAGACAAAGCAAGAGUACGAGCAGGAAGUGGCCUUAUUAAAACAGCAGUUGUACGAGGCCCAACAAAGGCUACAAUAUGCUGAAGAAAAAUUGUACAAACAUGAGGCAGACUCUGAAAAAGUACUGGAGGAUUGGCAAUGUCGCCUGGAGGAAAGUGAGGAACGAAUGCGGCGCCAGCAGGCGGAGAAGGACGAUCAGAUGAAGCACAUUAUCACAAGAUUAAUGAAUGUUGAAGGUGAGCUUCGCCAUGACCAAGAAGAAAUAAGGACCGUAGUCAAACAGAAGCAAAAGGUCAUCGAAGCGCAGGAAAGACGUAUAAAAACUUUGGACAACGCAAACGCCAAACUGAUGUCUGCGCUCCAUCAACUACGAAGUGUCUCCCAGACCAACAACAACACAAUGUUGGGACCCCUGCGCUCCACUCUUAUAUCGCCGGAAGUGGCCGAGUUCAAAACUAGCUCCUGUUGAAUCCAGGCUUUAAGAUGGCUACACGUUUUUAGUCUCGUGUAACUUUGUGAUGUUCAGUGGUGCUUAUCUCUGUGACUCAUUGUGGAUAUUAUUUUGUGUUGAACAAAUGGCAUGAGACAGCAUGUGUUUCUGUACAUAGUGCUACUAUUUACAGUACGGCAAACAGUUUCUUCUGUGAUGAAGUGAAAAAGGUUGUGUAAUAGUCCAAGGGACAUUACUCUUCUUUGCAAAGAAAUCCAAACAUUUGUGCAAUAUAUUUUUGUGUGAAGUAUAUUAAUUAGUUGCAUGAUUGUAUGAGUGUAUAUGAUAGUUCUGUUAUAUUGUGAUGUGAAUUAGUGCAUAAAUUUUUUUUGUAAGUUUUGUCAAAUGUUAAACUUGCAAUCUUGGUUUGCCAUAUGUGGAAUAUGCACUUUAACAAUAUUGACAGUUGCUUUAAUUAUAUAUAGGCAGGGAAUUCAUUAAUUGGUGCAAUGUUUAUUUCUUUCACAGUAUUAUAUUAUCUAGUGAUCAAGAAUUGACAUCUAACAACCGAAUCAUGUUUAUAUUGGCGAUUUUUGUUGUCAGUGAUCGAAAUACUUAUGUCACUGCCAGACAUCUCUUUUUAAUAUUCACCUGCAUUUAUUCAGCAUUGUAAAACUGGAAAGGAUGAAAACUAAUAUACCCAUCAUAUUAAGAGUAUACUGCAAAAAAAGAGUUUCUGGUUACUUAGUAAAAUUUAAAUUGUAAAUUUAAAAAUGUUGCCAGAUCUGCUUUAUCUGCAUUGUUUAUACCACACAGAAGUGUUUAUAACAGUAUUUAUUUGUUGAUUUCUGAUUACAGAAAUUACUGCAAUAUGUAGGCAAACAACAUCUGAAUCUGAAAAUAUAAUAAAAAGAAUGAAAUUUCA